UUGCUAUUAAUCGUGGAAGACAUCCAUGGACUACUAUAUAUGAUUGCGACUUGGAUGAAUUCUAUAAUAUUGUAUUCGCUUGGUCAGAAGGCGUUUUGCUUGAUUCAAAUGGAAAAGCAACUGUAA